UUUCACCGCGAACAGCUGCGGCAGCAGUAGAUAAUCGAAAUCCAUCUCGGCUACAUCGCUCAUUUGGCAAAGAUAACUCGAACAAUGUGAUAAGAAAACGAUUGGAGGACCUCCUUUCUAGUCAAACACCUAAGUUACCAAAGUUCAGUGUUAAUAGUGUUUAGGUUUACAGCGGGAUGAACUUCAUACUGCUGCUUCUGGCCGCGGUGGCACUUUUCUGUAAAUGGAUCUACACACAUUUCCGGGUGAGGUAUCGCUUCUGGAAGGAGCACAAUGUUCCCCAUCUGGAACCCCGCUUUCCGGUGGGUAAUGCCGGAGAUAUAAUGAAGUCAACGAUCCAUUUUGCACACAUUAUGGAUAACUUGUACCGGGAGCUGAAGCAUUUUGGUGACUAUGCUGGGAUAUAUUUCUUUAGGGAUCCGGUUCUGGUGGUGCUGUCGCCGGAGUUUGCCAAAACGGUUCUGGUAAAGGAUUUUAAUUACUUCUUGGAUCGAGGAGUUUACAGUAACGAGAAGGACGAUCCAUUGUCGGCGAACUUGUUCUUCAUGGAGGGACACAGGUGGAGGAAGCUGAGAGCGAAGUUAACUCCGACGUUUACAACAGGGAAAUUGAAGGCGAUGUUCCACACGAUUUUGGCGGUGGGAGAGCAGUUCGAUCGAUAUUUGCAGGAUUACACGAUGCAAAAGGAUGAAGUGGAAGUUAAGGAUCUGCUGGCAAGGUUCACAACCGACAUCAUUGGAUCGUGUGCGUUUGGAAUCGAUUGCAACAGUCUAGAGAAUCCGGAGUCCAAGUUUCGACAGAUGGGCAAAAGAAUGAUCAAUUUUCCAAAGUUAAAAGCGUUAAAGAUCUUCUUUGCUAUGCUCUUCCGGAAGCAGGCCCGCUGGUUGGGAAUACGGUUCAACGAUGAAGACGUUUCGGAUUUUUUCUUCGAGGUUGUGAGAGAUACUAUUCGGUACCGGGAGGAGAACAAUGUUGAGAGGAAGGAUUUUAUGCAGCUGCUGAUAGAGUUGAAGAAUAAAGGAUACAUGGAAGACGAUGGUGAAGUUGUUGAAGAGCUUCAGGGCAGUCGACUGGAGAAGCUCACCUUUGAGGAAAUCGCAGCUCAGGCGUUUGUCUUUUUCUUUGCCGGAUUUGAGACAUCUGCUACUACCAUGACAUUUGCACUUCAUUUAUUGGCGUCCAACCAAGAAGUGCAAGACAAAGGAAGGAAGUGUGUUACCGAUGUCCUGGAUAGACAUGACGGUAAACUAACAUAUGAAGCGUUGAUGGAGAUGACGUAUAUAGACUGCAUCAUUCAAGAAACAUUGAGAAUCUAUCCACCGGUGGCAACGAUUCAUCGUAUUACCACGAAGCCUUACAAACUUCCUAAUGGAUCUGUCCUUCCGGAGGGUGUGGGUGUUGUAAUUCCUAGCCUGGCCUUCCAGCGUGACGCUGAGUUUUUCCCCGAACCGAUGGAAUUCCGUCCAGAGAGAUUCUUCGAAGAGGAGAAAGACAAACGACACAACUUUUGCCAUCUUCCAUUCGGUGAAGGACCCAGGAUUUGUAUCGGCAUGCGGUUUGGCCUGUUGCAAACGAGGAUGGGUAUUGCCAUGCUGCUAAAGAACUACCGAUUCCAGUUGUGCUCCAAGUCGGUCGUGCCUCUCAAGACAGACCCAGUUAAUUUGAUAUACGGACCGGCUGGGGAUGUUUGGCUGGGAAUAGAAAAAAUCCAAUAAGAUUCCAAUUUCCGAACGACCUUUUUAUAACUAACACUACUAUAGCUUUAUUCUCGCACACUUUUAUCAAAGACAGUUCAUCUGAAUGAACAAUUUUAUAACAUGAAUUAAUGUUCUUCUCUCUUUGCUACUCUUUUAAAUAAACUGUUAUACUACAUCUUAAACGCUCAAAGGCGAAGCACCCUC